GACCAGCUCACGUCGAGCAGCUCGCCCGACGCCGUGAGCCGCGUGCUCCGUUUAGGCUGCCGCGUCGUCGAGCUCGACUGCUACGACGUGUCCGCCUACAAGUACGCCAAGGGCAAGUUCGAGGCCACCGUUGUCGUCACGCACGGCGGCACGCUGACGUCCAAGUGCAAGUUCAAGCACAUGAUCGCGGCGAUCCGCGACAACGCGUUCGUGACGACGGACUAUCCCGUCAUCGUCACGCUCGAGAACCACUGCAAGGAGGAGGGCCAGAAAUUGAUCGCCAAGACGCUCCACACGAUCCUG